CGUUUCUGUUGUUGAGUUGUGAGGAGCUUCCCGGCCGUCCCCACUGGCCACUAUGUCCGCCCAGGCGCAGAUGCGGGCCCUGUUGGACCAGCUCAUGGGCACGGCUCGGGACGGUUCAGUGUAUCUUUGCCUGCCUACAUCAAUCUGCAAGGGAGUUGCAGAAAAGCCUCAUGUUCAUCGAGCCGUGAGUCACAACCAAUUUCUAAGCUGUUAUAACAAAAAAGUGUUUGCUUUUUUUUUCCCCACAAGUAACUUUAAAAGUGUAGUUUAGAAAGAAAACAUUUUCAGUAAAAAGACACUACAUUAAUCCUGGAUGCUUGCAAAUCCUGAAAUAUAUUCCUCCUUGACUAUUACACAGCACUGUGUCCUAUACACAGAUAGCCUUAAAAUUUGUCACAUACCACUUUGCCUUUACUUUUAUGUAUCAUUCCCCCUGACUUCCUUACUGCAGGUGUGGGCAAGAAAACUUUUCCUUUAAAACUUUUCAACAGCGGGCAUAAAAUUCUGCAGCUGAGUUCUUGAAGAUUGCAGAUGGGUACAGUAUGUGUUGGAGUUCACAGUGUGUAUUGACUAACCUGAUUCCUUUUUGCUUUCUUUGGUAUUGUCUUGUUAAAGUGACUCCCAGGUGCCAACUGUCCUUUUUAAGGGUGGGGAUGAAAGGGGAAGAAGAAGAAAAGGUGUAGAGAUAUUUAAGUCAGUGAUAGAGCUUGAAAGCGUUCUUCCUCUUUUUGUUUUUUUUUGGUAAAAUACUGCCUAUUAAUUUGACUCUAACAAAAAACAAUGAGAUUAUUGAAUAGUUUUGGUUGGUGGAGAUUAGCAGCUGUGAGGAUCCGUGGUGGAUUCUUGGCACUAAUCACACUGGUCUUGAUGUGUUAUUGCCCAUAUAUAAAUUUGGGCAGAUGCCUUCUGUUGCUCACUCCUACUUCUAACUCCAUGAAUUAACGAUGGAGUUAGGUGUGGUUAAGUGUGCUUCUUCAUAAAAUACUUAGCUUAGAAACUAUUUGUAUUUUAUUCCAAUUGUAAAUAUCUUUAGAUCAGUUUCUUAGUGUAUAUGAUGGGAAGAGUACAGAGAUACUAGUCUGCAAAUCAUCCAGGUGUAUUAAUUUUACCAGAUAGCCUUGUGUAGUGAAUGAAAUAAUACUUUAUUUAAAACCACAAAUGAAUUUCAGGAGAUGAAACCAGACAGAGGGUCAAGUUUACAGAUGACCGUGUCUGCAAGAGUCACCUUCUGGACUGCUGCCCCCAUGACAUCCUUGCUGGGACGCGGAUGGAUUUAGGAGAAUGUACCAAAAUUCACGACUUGGCCCUUCGAGCAGAUUAUGAAAUUGCAAGUAAAGAAAGAGACCUGUUUUUUGAAUUAGAUGCUAUGGAUCACUUAGAAUCCUUCAUUGCAGAGUGUGAUCGGAGAACUGAACUUGCCAAGAAGCGGCUGGCUGAAACACAGGAGGAAAUCAGUGCAGAAGUUUCUGCCAAGGCAGAAAAAGUACAUGAAUUAAAUGAAGAAAUAGGAAAACUUCUUGCUAAAGCUGAGCAGCUAGGAGCUGAAGGAAAUGUGGAUGAAUCCCAGAAGAUUCUUAUGGAAGUGGAAAAAGUUCGCGCAAAGAAAAAAGAAGCAGAGGAAGAAUAUAGAAAUUCCAUGCCUGCAUCCAGUUUUCAACAGCAAAAACUCCGUGUUUGUGAGGUUUGCUCAGCUUAUCUUGGUCUCCAUGACAAUGACCGUCGUCUUGCAGACCACUUCGGGGGCAAGUUACACCUGGGGUUCAUUCAGAUACGAGAGAAGCUUGACCAAUUGAGGAAAACUGUGGCUGAAAAACAGGAAAAAAGAAAUCAGGAUCGAUUGAGAAGAAGAGAGGAAAGAGAGCGAGAAGAGCGUCUGGGCAGGAGGUCUGGAUCGAGAACCCGAGAUCGCAGGAGGUCACGCUCCCGGGAUCGUCGACGGAGGCGGUCUAGGUCUACUUCCCGAGAGCGGCGGAAGUUUUCCCGUUCCAGGUCCCGAGAUAGAUACCGGCGCCAUCGCAGCCGUUCCCGGAGCCAUAGCCGGGGUCACCGCCGGGCUUCCAGGGACCGGAGUACAAAAUACAAGUAACUACUCUGACUCCUCAGUAACUGCAGCCAGAAGUUCUCCAGGGAGCGCUCAUUGAGAGAGGAAUCCUGGGAGUACGGGCGGAAUGAACGAGGGCCCACUGACUGGAGGCUGGAGAACUCCAAUGGCAAGACUGCAUCGCGGAGGUCGGAGGAGAAGGAGGCUGGCGAGAUCUGAAUCUGGCUCAGGCGCUGUAAAUAGUCUGACAAAUGUUCAGCACAGCCUAAAUUACUCUUUAUAUUUGCUGAUACAACUCAUCUUUUGUAGUUAAAAUUUCUAUUGUUUGGCCCUAGCUGUGAGUUUCUAGAGUUGUUCAGAGCUGCUUCUGUGUUUGGGGUUAUGUUGUAGAGGAACAAAUAAAUCUGGCAGCUGCCUCCUGACAGCUGUGUUGGGAUGUCUGCUGUCCUCUACACUAGAGGCACUUCACUAGGACCCUGUACCUGUGGAGCAAAGGCUAAUGCUGCCGUAGAAAACUGACCAAAUGUCUGACCACUUUAACUUUUGGCACUCCCAACACUCUUAAUUGAGCCAGAUGUAUGUGGCUUCCCUUCCCUGAUUCAUACUCUGCAUCUUAGCUGCUCAUGUACUCUCUCAGUGCAGACCAUAGAGCAGGUUCUCUGGAUGGAGGAGAGGGAGUGGCCAUAUUACACAAUUAUUUCCUUAGGAAGAGCUGUAUCUGUUGAAACCUUAGGUCAGCUACAUUGCAGUUCCACUUUGUUACUUAGGUGGAAUAAAGACAUAGAUGGCCCCUACCUGCCAAUCAAGAAGUCCUCCAGAGAGAGUUACAGCUUAGGUCAGGUAUCUUGAGUGGUUUAUACCCUAAAUAGGCUUAUUGUUAACCCCUGAGCAUAUGUUGUUGCUCACAAAGGACAAAUGCCUUAAGACCAAAGUGAAGCCCAAAUAGAAAGGAUUACUGAAUAGGAGUUGCUUCUUUUCACUUGUCUUGGGGAGGGAGGUGUUACAGUUUGUUUUUGGAGGGAACUUUAGUUGGUUAUGUUAAACGAAAAAGCCACCCUUCUCCAUGCUGUGCUUGUAAAAAUGUAGGUGCUGUUCUUGAGCUGUUGGUUUGAUGGUUACAUAUAGUAUCUUGUGGUUUUGAAAUGUAGCUCCUGGUGGUACCCUGGACUCUCAUCUAUAGGAGAAUGUGUGUUGGAACCUGCUCUGCUGGCGUAUGAAACAGGCUUUCCUUGAUAACUGUCUCCGUAUGCAAGGUGGUAGGGUGGAAUAUCCCUGAAGGAUUCACUGGGGCUCAGUAUCAUACACAGGUGCCAUGUAUAGGUUUCAUUCCUCUCUAGCCCCUUUGCCUCCAAGUGGAGCUCAGUUUAGCUCUGGGCUUCUUGGUCCCAGGUGGACAUUUUGACUAGCUGUGAUCACUUAUGUUGGAAACAUUUUGUUUCCUGGACUAUUUUCGGCCUUAACUGGACAGUCCUAACCUUAGAGCCACCAUCUCCAUGUCUGGUUUGGAUCCCUUUCUAUCUAUAAAGGUGUGUAUAGAGAAACAGCUGUUUUGCUUUAUUUUAUCACGGAGUAAAGUUACUGGAAACAUUUCUGUGCCAUGGCCUGUAGUAGCCACAGGAUAAUCCAUGGGCUCAUGUGGUAUACAACUACAACUACUGGGGUACAGUAGCGGACCCCUGCUUAGGUAGCAUUCUUUUGAGUGGUCAGGUUCCUCGGGGUAGCAGAAAGGCUGCUUCCCUUCUCUCAGUCUCUUGUGGAGGGUGAUUUUUUUUUUUGUUUGUAUGUUUUUGUUUGUUUUUUGAACUUUUUCUGGAAGGACACUCUUGCCUGGGUAGACUUGGAUUUCAGGACUCAAGGCACUUUUGUCUCAGUCCCAAAGUAGCUGUUACUAAUAACUGUCCCAACAUGCCUAGAUGCUUUGUUUUGUUUUCUUUUUUCUUUCUUUCUUUUUUUUUUUGGAGACAGGAUUCUCUGUGUAGCCCCAGCUCUCCUGCACUCGCUGUGUAGAACCAGCUGGCCUCAAACUCAGAGAUCCUCCUCACUCUGCCUCCUGAUGUUUUGUUAACUUUCCUUAAUUGGAGUUUCCUGUAGAAAGGGAAUUAGGUGAACAUAAAUAACCAGAGAUGUAUUUGUUGUGGUGGCUGUGGUGAUGGUGGUGGCUCUGGCCAUUAUGCAAGAAAUCCUAUAGUCUACCAUCUGUAACUUGAGGGCCUGGAACAGGUACUGAUGAGGUUCCAGAGCAAACCUCCAAGCUGAAGAACUGGAAGAGUCAGUAUUUUCAAAAACCCAGUAACCAGUCACCCAUGGGCCAGGGUACAGGAGGUGAAUGUCCAGCCCAGAAAGAGUAGAUAGACCCUUCCUGGACCCUCUUGUUCUUUCCAGGUCUUUGGUGUUGCCCAGUGCACUGAGUGAAAAAGUCUUUUCAAAUCCUCACUGCUUUCCCCAUGUCAUGCAUGUGCUCUGGGAGAUGACUUCAUGAUUUCUUUUGCUUGGUCAUACAGGAUGUAAUUUGACUUGUGUUGAGUAAUGAUGAUGGGUGUGCAGGACAUAUUCCUAUGUCUAGGAUAUAGCAGAUAGGGGAAGCAAUUUAAAUGGGUUUCUACAAUGACCGUGAUUGGUUCUUAGGCAGGAAUAAGGCAUUACUUUCCCUCUGAAACCAGAGGAAAACAGGGUUGGGUAGCUCCUGGUCCCUUUGUCUAGAUGAUAGGCACUGGGCCUGUACACCCAAUUCCUGCCUUUGGUUUGGAGUCAGCCAGCAUUGUGCUUUUACCACCUGAUACUGGAAGUUAUUUUUGCCUUGUCAGCCUUAUGCCAGUAGGUGGCGCUGUCCUAGUUUUGGAGACUGUGUCUCUGGUGUUCCAGGGUAUCUACCAGCACCCACAGGGGAGAGGUAGCCUAUCAAUUAAUUAGGCCCAGCCCAUCCAUAUGGAUCUGAAAACAGGAGGAUGAGCAUGAAGCAUCCCUAGAGAGUCUGAUCAAGCAAGACUGCUCCUGUACCUACAAAGUUCCUGUAGUGCUGGUCUGUUGCUUUCUGAGGGAAACAAACUGCAGCAGUAUUUGCUCAGGGUGGCCAAAUCCAGUCUUGGUAUUUGUGGCAAAUAACCCUUAACCUCUUGUUGGAGGCCUCUUGAAUCUCCCAAUGUCCCGCGGUCAUUGUAACAGGUAAAAGGCUGGGUCUUCACUUGGGGGAUCUGUGACACUUGGAAUUUGGCCCAUUGCAUGGAAAGAGUAGUCCCUUAGUACUCAAACAUGAGAGGAGAUGCAGGUUGUGCCCCUUGGAGGCCCCAUCCCCAGUUCAGCAGUACUGGGAAUUCAGUACCUGAGUCAUGUGGCUCAGGAAUGUCUGUCAAGGCCUGCAUGGUGGGACAGAAGUAUCCAGAGUGGGGCCAGGUGAAGUUUAACAAGCUGAGAAAUGGUUCAGGAAGCUCUGGAAAAGCUUGUUUAUCUUGAUGGGGUCCCCGGGAGCAGGGUCAGUUGUCAGCCACUUGGAUGACCACUGCAGUCUGGUCCAAGAAUGUGUGAGCUAUGGUCUUUUCCAGUUAGCCAUGGCCUGGGAGCUUUAAGCUUACCUGGACUCUAAAGCCUCACAUUUUUUUAUACCUGGCAUGAACUAUUAGAAUACACUGAAUUUUAGUGUGUACUUUGUCAGUGUCUUAUGCCUACUGAGUUCUUAACACACUUCCCUGGGUCUAAAUUUAAAUUUACUGCUAAAAUGAAAGUAAUUCUCAAGAUACUGUUGUUAGGUCUGUGACUCCUAGCACAUGUUCCUUUUAGAACAGUGAUAUUUAUAGAAUGCUGUGAUGUAUUCCAGUGAUAGCAAAAUGCAACAAAGCUCCUCAUAACAAACUACCAUUAUAGCCACUUCUGAAGUGUAUAAGUCCAGUGUUGUGCAGUCAUCACUAAUACCAGGUGGUAGAGUGUUUCAUCCAGACAGAAACUUCAGCCCACUAGUUAGAACUGUUCAGCUUCUUCCUGAAGUCCUUGGCAACCAGGAACCUGUUUUCUGUCUGUAGUUUGCUCAUUUGGAUAUUUCACAAAUGUGGACUCAUGCACUGAAUGGCCUUUGGUGUGUUGGCUUCUUCCACUCAAGGUUUCUGCAAAACUAAGCUGCGUGAUGUAAUCCUAUUACUUUUAUGGGUUAAAAAAUGCUCCAUUCUGAGUGUAAACUACAUGUUACUCACUCACUGUAAUGGUUAACCUGAUAAACUCGAUGGGCUUAGAACCACCAUGAAAACACACCCCUGCGUGUGUCAAUGCAGGUGUUUCCAGGUGUUUUGGUGAGAGACCCACCCAGAAUGUGAGCUGCACUAUCCUAUAUGCUGGGAGUCCUAGACUGAAUAAAAAGGAGGGCAAGAGCUGGGCACUCGCCAUCGUCUCUGCUUCCUGACUGCAGAUGCAAUGUGACCAGCUGCCUUAAGUUCCUGCAAUCAUGACUUCCCACCACAAGGACUGUACCCUUAUACUGUGACCCAAAUAAACCUUCCCUCAGUUGUU